AUGAUACUCACAGCUUCUUUCUCUUUCAUCAAAAGCCUCUUUUUAGUAGGCUUUUUGGUCAGCCAUAGUUAUGGUGCUAAUACUAUUACGGCUAGUUCCAGUGAUGAUACAUUUGCCAGGUCCGCAGCAGCAGCAGCAGACAUGGCGUUUUUUGUAGAGUUUUUGGGCGAUUUCAAUACUGCCUUUCCACAGUAUACUUCUUACAUGAUGCAGAAUCAUCUUACUUUGCCUCAAGCUGUUGCGGACUAUUACUAUCACAUGGCUGACUUAGCCUCAACAGUUGAUUUGCAAUCCGAUAUUGCUCAAAGUUUUCCCUUCACUCAGUUCCAAACGUUUAUUACGGCCUUUCCAUGGUAUACUUCCUUACUAGACAAAGCCUCUGCUGCGACCAUAUACCUACCACAGCAUUUCAUAACAGAUGACAAACAACCUGCAAUGACCAAUUCCUCCUACGUCGACCAAGCGUUCUCUGGUUCUAAUUCUAUUGCUUUCUCGACAGCAAAUGUGAGCCAGUCCAUUAUUUCUAGGGCCAAUAGAGGAAAUAGCACAGCAACUCUCACAUCCACAUCAAAUUCUUUAUCAGCUUCCACAACUAGUCAAUCACAAAAUGGUGCCCGUGGUAAAAGCCUGUAUUUUCCUAUGGCGUUACUAGGCAUCUUUGCGGCUGCUCUUUGA